CUUCCUGUGGGUGUUUCCAACCAUCCUUUCAGCGGUUGGUGAUGAGGAGGAACUAGCUACAGAUGCUGCCUGCCUGUGAAGUGACGUUAACUAGCUAAAGUUGGUCCCUCAAAUCUGAAGCAGAGCACAUGAGUUUUUGCUUGUUCCAUCCGAAGGAAGACGGCACGACCAAGUGAACCACUUUGGCAAAGCUAGAGUGAUUAUCCCAAAGGAGAAUUACUCAUCAGAUUCAACCAUGGCUGAUUAAUAUUGGGAGAGUCUCAGCCUUCCAGUGAUACUUCCACCUCCCUUUCUCUUGUCUUAGUUACACAUCCCUGCAUUUUAUCUCAGUCUUUUGCCUCAGUUCCUGGUGCUGCUGGGAAUCACUCUGCCCUCUUUAUCACUCUCCGUUACUUCCCUGUUACCUCUUCUGAGCUGAGGCUGAAGGCUCUAUAUCCCUCACAAUGGUUGCUGAGGUAGACUCAGCGUCUCAGGGCAGCGAUGUGCGGCUGAAGCAGGAGAUUUCCCUCCUGCAUGGGGUCUGUCUCAUUGUGGGAAAUAUGAUAGGCUCCGGUAUCUUUGUCUCACCUAAGGGAGUUCUUAUGUACACAGGCUCAUUUGGCUUGUCCUUGAUAGUAUGGGCCAUUGGAGGGGUAUUUUCUGUUUUUGGAGCAUUGUGCUAUGCUGAGCUGGGUACUACCAUCCGUAAAUCUGGAGCCUCCUAUGCCUACAUCCUGGAGGCCUUCGGAGGUUUCUUAGCUUUUAUUCGCCUGUGGACGUCGUUGUUGAUAGUUGAGCCAGCUUGUCAGGCAGUGAUAGCUCUGACCUUCUCCACCUACCUGGUCCAGCCCUUCUACCCCACCUGUACAGCCCCCUAUGCUGCCGUCCGUCUCCUCGCUGCUGUCAUCAUAUGUCUGCUGACUUGUGUGAACUGUAUGAAAGUGAAAUGGGGUGCUAUUCUUCAGGUCAUCUCCACCGUCGCCAAGGUCCUAGCUCUCAUUGUCAUCAUCAUUACUGGCCUGAUUAAGCUGGGACAAGGUUUUGACCAGAACUUUGAGAAUUCAUUUCAAGGCUCUAAGCUGAACCCCGGUGACAUGGCCCUGGCUCUUUAUGCAGCACUCUAUUCCUACUCUGGCUGGGACACACUCAACUUCAUCACAGAGGAGAUCAAAAACCCAGAGAGGAAUCUGCCCUUGUCCAUCGCUAUUUCCAUGCCCAUAGUCACUGUGAUCUACAUCUUGACCAACAUUGCUUACUACGUCGUCAUGGAUGCAGACAGAGUGCUCAGCAGUGAAGCUGUUGCUGUGACAUUUGCGGAUGAGGUGCUAGGCUGGGCUCGAUGGCUAAUUCCUUUGUCUGUGGCCAUUUCCUGUUAUGGAGGCCUCAACUCCUCCAUCAUUGCUGCCUCAAGGUUGUUUUUUGUUGGUUCCAGAGAAGGCCAUUUGCCUAAUUUCCUGUGCAUGAUCCACAUCAAGCGUUACACCCCAAUUCCUGCCCUGCUUUUCAAUGGUGGAAUGUCUCUGUUUUACCUGUCUGUGCCUGACGUUUUCCAGUUGAUCAACUACUUCAGUUUCAACUACUGGUUGUUCAUCGGCCUGUCAAUAGCCAGCCAGAUCUACCUUCGCUUUAAAGCUCCUGAUCUGCACCGACCAGUUAAGCUCUCUUUGUUCUUCCCCAUCGUCUACUGCUUGUGCAGCAUAUUCCUGGUAGUGGUUCCCCUCUACAGUGACACCAUCAACUCUCUGGUGGGAAUUGCUGUGGCGCUGUCUGGUGUACCAGUCUACUUCCUUUGCAUCCACCUGCCGCCGAGCUCCAGACCAGCCUUCCUCAAAGUUAUGCUCGAUGAGAUCUCUCUGUACACCCAAAAAGUGUGCAUGUGCUGUGUGACCUCGCCUGAUAUCGACCUGGACAAUAUAGACCCAGACAAGAUGGAAUGAUGGAGUAACAAAGGCCUGUAAGGAGGGAUGGAGGAGGAGGAGCGGACACGAAGGAAGCCGUGAGCGGCAGGCAAUCAGGAUUUAGAUGAGUAGAGCUCGAUUGAUUAAAGAAGGAUGAACAAACUAGAGCGGUGAGCUCAACACACCUCCACUCCUCCUCUUCUCUCACACAGGAGUCUAUGUUUAAAGACGUAGGAUUUUACUCAGAAUGAAUUAAAAUUGUGUACGUGAUAACCCUCCAACAAACAGCACUGUACAGAUUAACUCAGUGAGCACAUUCACAUGCUGGUACACACUGCGGUGUUGGCUGUGCAAUUCCCUCCACACACGUGCCCAUACACUACAGCUCACACACACAUAAUGAGCUGACCGAGAGCCUUAGGGUGACACUGCGACAAAUGAAAAUAAGCAACCUGAUCCAGGAGGAAGUGACUCAGCAAAGAUGCCUGAGGUGAUUUAUAUACUAACAGGAAGUUGUUAUGAAAAACACACAGUGGAUUUAAAAACGUUCAUGUCUUACAUGUGUUGAGUCACGUCUCUGAUGUUAACAGAUUAAGUAACCGCGGAUUAUGUCUGGAUGGCUCACGUGUGACCCUUUUUAAAGGGAUCACUCAUCAUGUGUUGGAAAUUGUGAUUUUUACUCAUUUGAACACUGUAAGAGGCCUUAAAAGGAUAAUUAAGAGGCGGUUGUAAGACAAUCGUAUCCAUAGUCUGUUACAUACAGUAGAUGUCAGUCAACUGUUUGGACUAGCAGGCUGGAGUCCGACAUGCAAGCUAAGCAGUCUA